AUGAACAGCCAGGCGGACAAAAAACAAAGGAAUGUCAAGUCGAAUGGUGCGGCUGCAAACAACAAGGCAGUAGGACGCAACCAGAAUAAGGCCCCGGCGGAAAAACCUUCAGUAGCUCAGACGAGCCGUGAGAACCGUGAACAUCCCGACGGCAAAGUUGUCACGCCAAUGAACGCCACGGGAGUAUACGGCAAUGCCCGAUUCGUCCACGCGAUCGCUGCCUUAGUCGGACAUGUUGUUCAAGUUCGUUUGCGUGGGGACAAAGAUGUUUACGAAGGGGUCUUGUUCACCAUUUCCCCGACGUUCGAUGUUGCUUUGAAUACAGUGCAUGUACUGGAGUCGGACGGUUCAGAUGCCCACGCAGAAGCACCGCAGGCACCGGGCCAUCUCUCGGGCCUGUUGAGGAACAUGGGCAGACUCCGAAAGCAGCCAAGUCAGCCCUUGCAAGAAACGAUGAUCUUCAACAUCUCGAACAUUGUGAGCAUGACUGCGCUGAACAUUGACCUCGGCUUCGUUACGAAAGAGAACGCGUUCACAGAUUCACAAAUCUCGCGAUCGAACGGUCGCAUCACAGAGCGUGAUCUGCAGGUGUGGGAAGACGACGGUACCGAGAGCACCAAAUACGGUCAGUUAGAAGACAUUUCUGGAACGUCCGCGGGAUGGGCACCGGCGGAUAUGUUCGCAACGAACCUGGAACGCUUCGGUGUGAAAACUUCCUUCAAAGACGACCUGACAGGCUACACAACCCCGAUUCCGACGCGGGACGACGCCGAAUACCGAGCGAAAGAAGCCUUGGCCGCUAAAAUCGCGUCCGAGAUCGAAUCCAACCCACAGCACAAGCGGAACUACGAGUUGGAGAACGGGGGCGACGAAGACGACGAGGAGAUAAAAUACUCGGCGGUUGUGAUGUCAGAAGACCGGAACAGAACACAGCAGCAGUCCCAACAGCAUUCGCAACAACAGCUGCAGCAGCAACAAGAAAGAUCAGAGUCGCGUUACGCACACAACCACCGUCGUAAGCAGAUGGCUCCCGUGAACGGUGCUGUGAAAGGAUCCCAACGAGGGACGACAGGGGGACAUCACUCGCAGCGCAAUAAUCACAACCGCUCGCCGCCCAUGAGCUCGCCAUCUCCCCAACAACAGGGUUCCCCGCAUCCCCAACAACAACAGGGGCAGAUGCAACCGCAGCAGAGAGAAGCGCCGUCCCGGAAGGAGCAACACGCUCCCACGCCGCCUCAACAGGUCUCAGGCACGCGAGCGGCGUCGCCGGCACAACAGCACGCGCAGGCCGCCGGCUCUCAGUCGCUGCCCCCGCCGCCGGCAUCGUCGCAGCAGCAGCAGCAACAACACCACCAUCAAUCGGACAGUAAGAAGGUUGCUCCCAAUGAGAAACACGCCGCGACGCGGAAAUCCCCGUCCCCGAAAUUGGACGCGACGCAGAACGUCCCGAAGAAAGAAGCGCCCAUUCAGGUUCACGAAAUCAAAAAAUCACCACCUGCUAGUCCUCCGGGCGAAGCGAAGAGCAAAGCGUCUCCGACCCCUGAACGAGGCGUUUCUCCACGAACCCUCGAAGCGCCGUCUCCCGCCCCGAGCGCCAGCGGGCAACAGGCAAACACGGAAGAGAUCGUCAAGAAAAGUACCCUGAAUCCUAACGCCAAGGACUUCGUCCCAACACCAAAGCCGCAGACAAUGUCGCACAAACAUGGGGUUCCUCAAGGACACAUGAACCCUGCCGCCGUCGCUGGACACGGAGGCCCUCGCGGAGGACAUAUCAGCAUAGGCGGACCCGCUCAAGGAGGCCCUCACGCUCAAAGUGGUGGAGUGAUUAUGGCUCCAUUCCCGUUCCCCGGAUCCGCUGGGCCGCAUCAACACCAGCACCAGCAUCAGGCAGGUGGACACAACCGAUCGUAUCGAGGCAACAAGGGCCAAAAUAGACAAGCCAUGGAUCAAACUAUGCACGUUACCGGUCCACCCAUGGUCCAAGGUCCGCAACAGCAGCAACUUAUCGUAGGAUAUCCGCCACCAAACGCAUACGGACCAGCCCACCCACAGGGGGUUGCGUCAAACGUGGUUACCAUGCAACCACCCCUCGGACACGUUCCAGCGCAGCAAGUUCAAAUGGUUAACUAUAGCUUAGUUCCAACUCGAGGAGUAAUUUCACCCCCUGGAGCUCCGGCAGGAGUUUUUCCAUCCAUGCAAUUGUACAGUGAUGGAGGUAUACAUUUAGCACCUCAACCCCAAAUGAUCUUUAGAGAGCUUACCGCGAACGCGAUGUACCCCAGUCAGAUCGACGCGAACUUAUUCGUCGUGAGUCCCCCUGCUCAGACGCCCAGCCAGUCGGGUGCUCCAACGCCCCCAUCGAGUAGUGGACCCCACGGUCAUCCAUCGCAGCCGCCAAUGAGUUAUUCGUCUCAACCGCCAUGGCCUGCUCAGCCACUGCUGAUGAUGAGUGCAAACGGAGGACCUGCGGGCACUCCGCCACCUCAUCAUCUCAUAAUGGCGCCCGCACCCCCGCCGAUGGGACCUGCCCACGCAGCUGGCCACGGGCCUGCUCAUGGGCACGGUCACGGGCACUUCGCGCAGGCGAUUGCGGUGCAGAACGGUCCAGGAGCGCUUCAGGUUCAGACGAAUCCUGUCGUUACAGGACCGUCGACAAACUCGAACGUAACUCCCGGACAAGCGCCUCCCCAGGCUCAAUCCCAAGCCACACCGACUGGCCAGGCGCCCACAAGCGGAGUUGUGGUUCCCCCUCCCCCCAACCAAAGCGGUCAGCAGACAGGCCCUCAGCAGCCGCCGUCGCAGCAAACGCAACAGACUCCAGGCAGAGCUAAUCGAACUUGA